GUCAUCUCCACGGUGGCGGCGCUGCGAGGAAGGAUGCCAAGCCCAACGAAGCUUUCCUUGUCGUCCGCCGUUCGCCCUGAACAAACAAACAAACAAAAAACCCGCGUUAGUGUGUUUCCAAAAGUUGCCGUGUCGUUUGGCAAUGUUGUUGGCCGACAUGGGACCGGAGAUGGGACUGACGCCAGCGGAUCGUUGACCGGUUGUUUUCUACGGGCAGCUGGCAGGGACCGUCCACAAAGUCCACUACCAAAAGUAGUGGUGUACUGAAGGAAGAACUGUCUUUUGGGCGGAUUUGGUGGCGUUUCCUUGGGUCUCGCAACGCACGUACAAAUACAUGCUAUGUUCAUGCGACCAAACAUCCUGUAGUCACGUACAUAUCACAUGUCAACCCUGUGAUUGUCAGGUGAUCCACGUGACCCUCAGCAGAAUGAAUGACCCCAUAAGAAGACAUAAUAGGCUGGGAAACUGCUUUUUGUAAACGUGCCCUCCGAAAAUGAGGACGUUUCAUUGGGGAAAACUGAAGUGGAGUUACCUCGGUGCAACGGAGAAGAGGAGAAGGCAAGAGGAAAAGAGUUUUUUUUAAUCAAAACUAUUGAAGGUAGUCCACCCUUUCCACCGUCACAACGAACGUAGCCACAGCGCCACGGUUGGCGUCAGCUGCGGAGAAUGCAGUAGUUCAAGAGAGCAAGCCGAGAGGGACGCUUUUCGCCACAAGGAUGCGCGUAUUCAAGCGGUAAAGUGUGUGAAAUGUUGCGUGAUGUUCUUAUUAAUUGUCGGAAAGGCGUCGAGAUUAAUCACUUGUGAGGUAAUAAGACUCCCCCAGGAGGAUUUCAAGUUUCAACUUUAUCUAGCUCAGGAAAUACAGUAGGAACAUGCAUGUUUUUGGAUUGUGGGAGUACCCGGAGGAAACCCACCCACGAACGGGGAGAACAUACAAACUCUACACAGAAAUGCCUAAGGGAGACACCAACCCAGCUCUUCCCGAUCUCCAGGCUGUUACUGUGUUGGCCAACAUGCUAACCACUAGACCACCGUGCGGCCCUUCUGCUGCCGCUCAUCUUCACAAAUGAAGAGUCAUUCCAGACUUAAUUGCAAAGCAACACGUGGAAACGCUAAGAAGUUCCAUACGUUUCAGGAAGAAAGCUUUGCCAUGUAUGACGUUGUGUUCGGCGGUGGUCCAGGUCUAUGGCGCUGACAGGAGCUGCAGCUGGGUGAAGAAGUGCUGCGGGGUGGCGUGUUUGGUCAAAGACAACCCGCAGAGGUCCUACUUCAUCCGUGUGUUUGACAUCAAGGAGGGUAAAACCAUGUUCGAGCAGGAGCUGUACCACAACUUCUCCAUCAGCUGCUCCAGGUCCUACUUCAUCUCCUUCGUUGGAGAUAGCAGCCAAAUGGGUUUGAACUUCGCCAGUGAAGAAGAGGCCAAGCGAUUCCGAGUGGCCAUCAACGACCUGCUCAGCCGACGACAACGCAAAACUGGUCCUGCUCUGCCCAUGGCCACGGUGGACAUCAAGAACCCCGAGAUCAACAACGUCCGCUUGCUCAACUCUCACGGCCACCAGCCGCCGUACCACAUCAACAACGUGCUGAGUCAUGGUGGCCUGACACGCAAGGACAAGAAGACCAAAGUCAAGAAGAAGAAGCUGACCAAGGCGGACAUUGGCACGCCCAGCAACUUCCAGCACAUUGGACAUGUGGGCUGGGAUCCAAAUACGGGCUUCGAUCUGAACAAUUUGGACCCAGAGCUGAAGAACCUGUUCGACAUGUGCGGCAUCUCGGAGGCUCAGCUGAAGGACCGAGAAACCUCCAAGGUCAUCUAUGACUUCAUCGAGAAGAAAGGAGGCGUGGAGGCAGUGAAGAAUGAGCUGAGGAGGCAGGCGCCCCCACCGCCUCCCUCUCGUGGCGGCCCCCCGCCGCCCCCUCCCCAUCCACACAACUCAGCCCCUCCACCUCCCCCUUCCAGAGGAGGCCGCGGGGCUCCACCUCCCCCUCCGCCUCCUCCGUCCCGCGCCCCCGCCUCGGCUCCCCCUCCCCCGCCACCGUCCAGGCCAGGAACUCUGGGUGCCCCGCCCCCACCGCCGCCUCCCACCAGGGGAGGUCAGCAUCCCCCCCCUCCUCACCACCACCAACACAAACCACCGCCGCCUCCCUCCUUGAACUCUUCCCCACAAGCCCCGCCUCCUCCGCCUCCCCCGCUGGCUCAUCAGCCCCCAGUGGGCAGCGGCAGCUCCGCCCCUGCCCCGCCUCCUCCCCCUCCUCCUCCACCCCCACCGCCAGGCCCCCCGCCCCCUACGGAGCUGGAUGGCGUGCGCAGAAGCGGGGACUCGCCUCAUUCGCCGGUCCCCGACGGGAAGUCGGCGCUGCUGGAGCAGAUUCGAGGGGGUGCCCAGCUAAAGAAAGUGGAGCAGAACCACCGAGAACUGCCGUCCAGCAGCGGGCGGGACGCACUGCUGGACCAGAUCCGCCAGGGCAUCCAACUGAAAACGGUGUCGGACCACCCGGAGUCGGGGCCACCCACGCCGGCCCCCACGACGGGCAUCGUGGGCGCCCUCAUGGAAGUGAUGCAGAAGAGGAGCAAAGCCAUCCAUUCCUCAGACGACGACGAGGAUGACGACGAAGACGAAGACUUUGAGGACGACGACGAGUGGGACGACUGACGACACAACAGACUCGUACUGUCAAUGUUUGACUUUUUAUUUAUUUUUGAAAAUGAUGGUUUCAUUGUCGUAGCUAGGCGGCCAUCUUUGGAGACAUUUCAGUCCACACGCCAUUUGCGCAUUUUCCGUCUUUGUGGGGUUUUUUUUCUUUUCUUUUUUUCUUCUUCUUCUUCUUCUUCCCGCGUUUCUCUGCUGCCUGCAAAGUCGUGAGUCCUCUGUGGUAUUUUCCUCUCCAAGACCAAAAUGCUGCAUUUGGGUUUUUUAUCCCCGUGACCGUUCAUUUUCUCGUUUUUCUUCCAAAAAGCUCGGAAUUGUUUCUCAGCAUUGACGCACUUUGCGCCAUGGUUUUCUGUUCUGGCGUCUUAUUGGUUGCUGGGGUUGUGACGUCAUGCUCUUAUGCAAAGUGGCUGCAAAGCUCAUAAUAAUAAUAAUAAUAAUAAUAAUAAUAAUAAUAAUAAUAAUAGUCAACCAAAUGUGGACGUUGCAGGGCUGUCAACAGUGAAAAGAAGUAAUCAAACUUUUAACUGUUAGCUUUUAACGAUGGAGGGGGGGAUACUAAAUUGUAUACUUAAAUAAAUGUUAAUAUUUCCAGUCAA